AUGGGUGGUCAACUCUCAAAGAUGAUGGGCAAGAUCUUCGGAUCAAAGGAGAUGCGCCUGCUGAUGCUGGGUCUCGACGCUGCCGGCAAGACCACCAUCCUCUACAAACUCAAGCUCGGCCAGGACGUCACCACCAUUCCCACCGUCGGCUUCAACGUCGAGACCGUUACCUACAAGAACGUCAAGUUCAACGUCUGGGACGUCGGUGGUCAGGACAAGAUCCGUCCCCUCUGGAGACAUUACUUUAGCGGUCAGUUCUUGCCUGUCCUGUGCUCUCCUCCUCCAUCAUGCCCCCCACCCUCCAAGGGCAGAACACAGGGUCUUAUUUUCGUCAUUGACUCGUCGGAUCGCGCGAGAAUCGAGGAGGCCAAGUCGGAAUUGCACAGGAUCAUCAACGAUCGCGAAAUGAAGGACAGCUUGCUGCUGGUCUUUGCCAACAAGCAGGACGUCAACGGAGCCAUGAAGCCGCAAGAAGUCACCGAGGCCCUGAACCUCUCAAAAUUGAAAGACAAGGUCUGGUACGUUGUGCCCAGUUGCGCGACGACGGGCGAGGGCUUGCUCGAGGGCCUGGCCUGGCUGUCCAACAACGUCAAGGCACCGCCUGCCCCGGCCAAGAAGUAG